GUUGGUUAUUGACAACAGAGCAGAGGCAGAUGUACUGCAUCAGUUCAGUUUGGAGAAACAGUUUCCUUUAUUGAACUGAAAUCUCAAUUGUGAGCCGAGAACAUGUGGGCAGAGUAGAGAACUGAGCACUUCCUUAAAAAAUGUGUUUCUACUGCAACUGCUACUUUUAAAACGUACCAAUAAGGGCAUUAGGAUGUGUGGACGUGUGUCCAAAAAUAUGACAAAAAUACGUAAGCCAUGUUUAUUAUUGAGACUGAAAAUUGUAUAAAAAAAGCUUUUUUGUAGUCUGAGCUCUGGUUGCUCUGUGAUUCUUUAAGGAUAUUUUAUUUACCUCUUUGUUUAUAAGUGAGACAAAUAAUGCAGCACCACAUUUCCUGUUUCUGCGAUUGGUCGGUGUCACAGUCAGAAUGUCACAGCUCUGAGGACGUUCAUACGCCGACAGUGAAAUGAGCUGAAGAGCACGUAGCGAUAAUUCGAUUUCAAACUCACUUCUCUGCCUGAUUUAGCAGCAGAAAGAGUACAGACGAAUGUAAACCUGGAGGAGAUGCUGGAGAACGUCUGCCGCUCCUGAUGACCAUAUAAAGCUGGACAAACCUACAGGCUGAAAUCUGAAACUGCCCCAGUGUUGUGGCUCCCUGCUCCGUCUCCCCCCCUGACUCUGUGUUCGUCUCUCACUCCACUCCCGUCCAGUCUGGUUCCUGUCUCCCUCCACACCAGUGGGCUUCUCCUCCUGAGGCAGAUGUGACCUGGGCGGUUCAGUGUUGGUCCAGAUGCUGAGGCGACCCUGAGGAUCUCAGAGACAAACGUCUGGACCGCGACCCUGUGGAGAAACGAUGCUCCCGACGGCCGGCGCUCAGAUUCGUGCGUUGGUGCUGUUCCUCCUCAGCAGCGGGAGCGUGGCCACGCCUCUGCCUCUUUACAGCUCCUUUGAGGGGAGCACAGAUGAGGACGACUACAGCGUCUUCCCCUCCUCCCUGCCCACCAUCUUCCUUCUCACCGAGUACCGAACCACACCUGUCGGCUCCACCGUGGUGAAAACAGAUCUUUUGAGUCAAGUCGCCAACUUUCUGGAGGAGAACAUGCUCCUCAUCCUGGUCGCGAGUUCUUUCUUCCUGCUCUUCUUCCUCAUCGUAUGCGGAGCGAUCUUCAUGAGUCAGAGGCGAAAGGUCAACGCCUACUACCCUUCCUCGUAUCCCACCAAGAUGUACGUGGACCAAAGGGACAAAACCGGAGGAGCAAAAGUCUUUGACGACGUGCCAGAGAAAGCGGCUCCUGAGCAGGAACGUGAGGCAGUGGACUCUCACAGGCAGCUGCAGGACGAGAUCAUGAAGGCCGCCAGGAGUCUGCGCACGCCAACUAAACCUGCCGCCGCCGCCGCCGCCGGGGGAAAGGAAAACAGUCAAGGAGCAGCGGAGCUCUGUCCUGAAGACGAGGCAGAGGCACCUUGUGGCAGCUUCCUGGAACAGCAGCUCUCAAGUUUCCCUGAGGAGGAGGAGGGGGAGUUGGGUGAAGACAAGGCCAGAGCUGCAGCAGAGGUGAACACUGAGCCGAUAUCUGAUCAGCCCAAACCACAGGAAGAUGAUUCAGAGCAGCUUCAUCCGGACAAGGAUGAUUCACAGGCCCCUCCCACCGGCAGGAAUCUGCGACCUUCUUCUCUGCACAUCCACAACGACUCGGCUACACUUCAGCUGAUCGCAGGAGAGAAAACUGCCUUCUAGCAUCUUUCUCCUCCAAGCUUUUUUGAUCUGUUUUGGUGGUAGCAAUGUAAGUUAACGCUGCCAUUAAAGUUGCCAUUAAGAAAAAAUAAAUAAAUAAACAACCAAAAAUAUCAACAGAGGGACAGAAUCAAUGUACAGCAGGAGAGACCGGCUAUUGUAAGUUAUUAAUUUGUUCUAAAAUUAUGAUAUCUGCAGUUUCACAGUUUCAUCUGUUUCGUGUAUUUAUGCAAAAUCAACAACUCAGACAAACAUACGACUGAUGAUUAUUUAUUUGGACACUUCCACAGAAACAUUAAAAAGGAUUUACAUAGUAAAACCAGUGGAACCCUUAACAUUUUUGCUUAGUUGCAUAAACAUACAAGAACAUCAGGCCCGAGUGUUAAGACAGGUCACCCACUCUCCAACAAACGAG